AUGGAUAGGGAGGUUAAAGAAAUGUACCAGGUGGUCAUACAGGCUAAGGACAUGGGUGGCCAGCUUGGGGGCUUAGCUGGGACCACAACCAUCAAUAUCACUCUCCGUGAUGUCAACGACAACCCACCACGGUUUUCUAAAAGUAUCUUUCACCUGCGUGUUCUUGAAUCUUCACCUGUGGGCUCGUCGGUGGGGAGGGUCAAAGCUCAUGAUCUGGACUCUGGGAAGAAUGCUGAAGUGGAAUAUAGUAUCAUUCCUGGUGACGGGGGCUCCAUGUUUGAUAUUUACAGCAAUAAGAACACUCAUGAGGGAACAGUCAUACUGAAAAAGCGUCUGGACUACGAGACCAGAAAAGCCUACACCUUUAAAGUAGAAGCUUCAAAUGCAGUUCUUGAUCAUCGAUUCCUACAUUUGGGACCUUUUAAGGACACUGCCACAGUGAAAGUGAAUGUUCUGGAUGUGGAGGAACCUCCUGUCUUCAGCCGGCUGUCUUAUAACAUGGAGACAUAUGAGGACACACCAGUGGGCAUCAUCGUCGGAGCCGUCACAGCUGAGGACCUAGAUGUAGGCAACAGUCCUGUUAGAUAUUCAGUUGAGUGGAGAAAGGACUCUGAAAACCACUUUGACAUUGACCCUGUUGAAGGAACUCUGUCUGUCAGUGAAGCCCUGGACAGAGAGAGAAAUACAGAACACAACGUCACUGUUGUAGCAACAAAAGUUAACAACCCCCUGCUGUCCAGCAAAGUUACUGUCACAAUCAAGGUGCUGGAUGUCAAUGAGUUUCCUCCAGAACUUGCCUUUGUAUAUGAGACGUUUGUUUGUGAAAAAGCAAAAGUAGGACAGGUGAUUCAGAUCAUCAGCGCUACAGACAGAGACAUUCCUGCUGUAGAGCACCGAUUCUACUUCAAAUCUCCUUCACAGACCAGGAACAGAAACUUCACAAUCAGGGACUAUGGAAACAACACAGCUGGAGUGGUGACCAGGAGAGGGGGGUUUCAGAGACUGGAGCAGAGCAUGUACCUGGUGACGGUCGUUGUGGAGGACGGCGGGUACCCAAUCCGAAGCAGCACGGGGACGGUGUCGGUGCGGGUGUGUACCUGCGACACAGACGGCUCCCUCCUUUCCUGCAAUGCGGAAGCCGUCUUCUUUCCCAUGGGACUCAGCACUGGAGCUCUAAUGGCCAUAAUGCUGUGCAUUGUCAUUCUGCUGGUGAUGGUGGUGCUCUAUAUGGGCCUGAGAAAACACAAGAAGAAGGACACUCUGAUGUCGUCUAAAGAGGACAUCCGGGACAAUGUGAUCCACUAUGACGAUGAGGGAGGUGGGGAAGAGGACACCCAGGCCUUUGACAUAGGUACGUUACGCAACCCCAAAGGCAUCAAAGAGACGGCACAGCUGCAAAAAAUAAGAUCAGUGGAUGAGCCCGAUCGGGCUAGUGCGUGUAUGUCCAACGAGGACAGCGAGGACAUCCAAGCCUACAUCCAUCACUGUCUUCUGGAGAACUCAACACCUCCAUAUGACUCUCUGGUCAUGUAUGCAUAUGAGGGAGAGGGAUCGGUGGCCGAGUCUCUCAGUUCCAUUGAGUCCUGGGUGCUUGAACCCAAGGAGGAUUACAGAAAUCUCUGUGACUGGGGUCCUCGUUUCAAAACACUGGCUGGAAUAUUUAAAGAGCAUGAAUGUAAGGACAUGGAAAAGACAGAACAUUAAGCACAUGCUGAGGUGCUAAAUGACAGACUGGACUAAGAGCAUUUUCAGGCGCUCUGUGAAAAAACACAAAGUUUAUUUAUUUCAGGCAUGGCACUUAAAGGAAUAGUUCAAUCUAAAAUGAACAUUGUCAUGUUGUUCCAAACCUGUAUGACUUACGUUCUUCUGUGUAAA